AAGACUAGAAGCAUUAGCUUCGGUAAUAUCUGCAAGUCUUCACACCUCUCUGUUCGCCUGGAUUAUUGUUCAAUACAUUGUAUUACUGGGAGGGGGCUGUAAGCUUUAAUGGGCAUUGAAGGUUUACACAAAAGUUCAAAAUCUGGAAAUGUGGACAAGUUCUUGUCACCUCCACCAGGCUUUGAAGGUUGUUCGAAAUCUGGAAAUGUGGACAAGUUGUUGUCACCUCCACCAGGCUUUAAAAGUGUGAACACAAGUUCGAAAUCUGGACAGGUGGACAAGUUGUUGUCACCUCCGCCAGGUUUUGAAUCUCAGAUAAGGUUUCUGCUUAAGAAGAUACAUGGAGGUGGAGAAAGUUCUUCCAAGUCAGUGCCGAGACAAGAGCAGAUAAAUAGAUACGGUACAGGUGAUGCAGAUAGUUUCCAGAAGCAGCUUAACAGACGACCGUGGAUUGUGCAUGAUCAUACAACGAAACCUGAGGUACGGCCAAGACGGCUACCGAGAGUCUCCAAGAAGGUAGUCCUUGAGAAAGCUCCAGUGUUUAACCCAACCGAAGAGGAAUUCAGUGACACUCUCUCUUACAUUGCAAGCUUGCGUGAGAGAUCUGAGCCUUAUGGAAUCUGUUGUGUGGUUCCUCCUCCUUCAUGGGAUCCUCCAUGUCUUCUUGGGGAGAAAAAAAUAUGGGAAAGUUCCAGAUUUUUCACUCAAGUUCAGAUCUUUGAUGGAGUUCAUACCGAGGACCCAAAGAUUAAAAAGGAGGCUGAUGCUGAUAGUGAUGAUGAUGAUACGUUUGACAAGGUUAAGUUCUGUAGAACAGAACUUGGUAAUGAGUAUACUUUGGAGACGUUCAAGAACUUUGCAGAUUCAUACUUGGAGAGUCAUUUUCGCGUAAAGGAGAAGGUUCUGGCUUCCAUGUAUUCUUCUCCAUCUGUAGACGCAUGGCCAACGGUGGCAGACAUUGAAAAAGAGUUUAGAAAACUUCUUGAGAAUCCACUUGUUGAUUUAGGGGUGCUUUAUGGGAAUGAUAUAGACACCAAAACGUUUGGCAGUGGAUUUCCCUUAUCUGGAUCAUCUGAAUCUUGCAACUACAAAACAUCAGGUUGGAAUCUGAACAAUACAGCCAAGCGUCCUGGCUCUCUUCUAUCGUUUGACGAUUGUGAAUCAGUUUGUGUUCCUCGCCUAAGUGUAGGAAUGUGCUUGUCUUCUCAGUUGUGGAAGUGUGAGGAGGAGAGACUCUACUCGCUCUGCUAUCUGCAUACAGGUGCUCCUAGAGUGUGGUAUUCUGUUGCAGGGUGUCAUCAUCAUAAGUUUAAGGCUUUCAUGGAGAGUUUUGUCCCUAAGAUGUCAGGAGAACAGUUAAAGAAGAGUUAUGAUUCUGUGAUGGCAAUGUCUCCAUAUGCGUUGCACAUGGAGGGUAUACCAGUGACCCGGUGUGUCCAGAACCGUGGCCAGUAUGUUAUAUUGUUUCCAGGGACGUAUUACUCUGCCGUUGACUGUGGCUUUAACUGUUUGGAGAUAGCGAAUUUCGCUACCCUUGAUUGGUUACCACAUAAGGAAGUUGAUGCUCUGCAGAACCAAGAGAAGAAAAGAAAAUCGUUAUUAUCAUAUGAUAAGAUAUUGUUUGGAGCUGCAAGUGAAGCUGUUAACUGCCUUAAGGAAUACUCUUUGUCCAAGAAAAAAACAGCAAAUAUGGUGAGAUGGUUUAAUGCUUGUGGUAAGGAGGGGAUGUUCUCGAACACUGUUAAGUCACGGGUUAAGAAGGAGAAAAGCAGAGUUCAGUUCCUUAGUAGUCCACUAAAACCGCAAAGGAUGGAUAUUGAUGAUGUGAGCAAGAGGGCAUGCUGUGUAUGUUUUGUGGAUUUACAUCUUUCCGCUGUAAAAUGUUCAUGUUCUACUGAUCGUUACUCGUGUCUGAGCCACAUGAGGGAUCUCUGUCCCUGUCCGUGUUACAAGAAGAGUUUUCUCUAUAGGUAUACCAUCGAUGAGUUGAACAUUCUUGUUGAGGCGUUGGAACAACUCAAGCUCAGCUCUAUGUUCAAAUGGGGAAACAUAGAUUGCAACUAUUGUGCUGCUCCUGCCAUCAGAAGUUCACAACCUGGAGACAAAGGCAAGAAAACAGAUGAGGUUAUGACUAGUAACAACAACAACAACAAAAGGACUGAUGUUGAAGCUGGAGACAAGAAGCAGAAGGUGAGAUCGAUCAUAGAGAUGCUGAAUGUCAAAGAGGAAAAUGAUGAUGAGUAAGGGCCUGUGAACCCUAAACCCUUGUUCUAAUAUAUCAACGCUGUCAACACGGCAAAGAAACAGAAGCAGGGAUGAAGGUAAAAGGAAUAUUUUGUUUUUAAGUAGUUUAGUCAAACAAAAAAAAGGUUAUGUUGCAUUUGUUUCAAAACAGUUUUGUUUUGUUGGUGGGUCGAUUAUUGCACUGCAUGGAUUUCAAGGAGUAUAAUGUAAAAGAAACAAAUGUAGUUAAUGCUUCUCAUAACCUCGGAUCCAGUUAGUGGGUUUAAUAAGAUUUUGGUUGAAUACAGGUCUC